AUGUGUAAAUUGAACAAAACAUUGCAGACCAUUAACGACGUUCUUUUCGGGGUGGUUUCAUCUGGCCUUUCAAAAUAUCUGGAUCUACGAACCCCAAAAGCUCUGCGAGAGGGGCUUCAAAUGACAGGACUUGCCAUGGUCAAUCUAAGGCCACAAUCAGGAUUGCAGGAUCUUUCGAAGUUGAUGAGAAGCAAUUCAGCGACACGGUGGGGCAACAAAUUUGAGGCUUUCUUCUCUUACAAAAUCGGGUACUUAGUUAUGUCCUGCCUUGGACCAAAGUUUGCGUGCAUGCUCAACUACAGAAUACUUUGUAACACGACAUUUACUAUCUCAAACGUGCUUGGCCCUCGAGAGGAAAUUACGAUUGCUGCCAAUCCAAUAACGUAUAUUCGGGCAAAUACAUCAAGCCUACCUCAUGCAAUUACAAUGCACAUGUUGAGCUAUGCAGGAAGAGCUGAUAUGCAAAUCCUGGUGGCCAAAGAGAUUAUCCCUGACCCUGAAGUUCUAGCUAGCUGUUUUGAAGAAGCCUUGCUUGAAUUGAAGAAAGCUGCAGAGACUGCCACCAAAACCUGA